AUGGACCAUAUCCCGUCACUACCCGCGUCGCGGAAAGGCAACACGGAACUCUUGAUCUGGGUCAACCUCUUCACGGGUUUCGUGAUCGCGAAGACGAGUGCAUCUCGAACGGCGCAGACCGUCGCGGAAUCGUAUGAGGAAGCCGCCUUCAGACGAUUCGGUGCCAGCGAAACGAUUCGUCACGACCGCGAGCCCGGUUUCAUGUCAGAAUUUUUCAAGGCUUUCAACAAGCUGAUUGGACAACGACAACGCGACAACGCGCGACGCUCACGUCCCGUCCUCAAGCAAACGGGGCAGCACAACGCAUGCGACCAACGCGACUGGGACCAAUACGCAGAGCGACUGACGUACGCGCUUAACACGGCUCACGACCGAACUCGGGACGAAACCCCAUUAUUUUCUCGUGCACGGCUGGGAUCCGCGGUCUACGUUGGAAGAGACGCUUGCGUCAAGCGGGGAUACGCGCGCAAACUCGCGCAUAUGUGUCACGGACCGUUCCUGGUCGCGCAGUUGGUCAGCGCAUACGAUGUGCGUCUAGAGAUCCACGGAACUCCGUGCCAGUUAUUCCCGAUCGUGCACGUCUCAAAGCUGAAGCCCGUCCGUGAGUUCCCAUCGCGACCUGAGCUGCAACUGACAGUACCCUCUAGUGAACGCUUCGACUUCGACGAGGAGCUCCUCCCAGAGGACAGUUAG